GAAGGGGACCCAUGCGGUGUCUCGGAGGGGGGGGACACCCCCUUCGUGUGUGCUGGUGCCGCGGAGCCAGCCCCUCGCCUUGGCUUUGGCUGGGAAGAGCCGGUGUGUCCUGAGGGGAUAACGAUGGGAAAUGGGAUUUGGGGGCUCUGGGGAAGAACUGGGGGGGUCUGUGUGUGUUGGGGGGGCUGGGCCCCUCGGUGGGUUGUGCGGCGCCGGGGGGGGCACAGGGGAAGGGGCACCACGUUGUUGUUGAGGCCUCAGGGGGUUGUGGCUUCAUCCCAUGAGGCUGGGGGGAGCUCGGUGCUGUCUGUGCUUGAUAUGGAAGCUCUCGGGAUCUGCGGGUUUCUGGUUGGGGUUCCUUAAAACAGGAAUAUUGGGUUAUAACAACUGUAAAUGUUUGUUUGGGGGGAGGUGAAUGAGGAAAACUCUUUGUGUUUGGGUUGGUUGGUCUGUGGCGAUCCUUUCCCUUCACCUGAUGGGGAUGCCGGGUGUCAGCUCCAUGGUUAUGGGCAGGCAGCCCCUUUUCCGCAGGGAUCUCUGAGCAUCUCUUGGUGGGGACAGAGGAUGGGCUGGCGGCAUCCUCGGCUUCACGCAGCCCAUGGCUCUGUGGCUAUCGGGGGCGAUCUCUGCUUGUGUAACGCAGGGACCUGUUCCAACAGGAGCUGAAACGUUUGUUCUCCUCCCCAAUCCUCUCACCCUUCAUGUUGUGUGUUCCCAACCGACUGCUAAUAACUUUAUGGGUGCAGAUCAGGACUUGUCAGCAGCAGAAAAUGGCUUUAAACCCCACUAGGGCUGGAGGUUAGGGGUGGAUUUGGGAGUCCUGUUGAAUGUGGGAGUACAGAUGUGCUUUAGAGAAGAGCGGCUUUGCUUUAACCUGAAGGAAAAGCCAGCCUGAGGACGGUGUUCCAGCUUCGGUGUGCUCAAUGGCACCGAGGCUCAUCACACGUUUAUAUACAGCUGGUGUUUAUGCCAAAGAAAAAGAAACAGGAAAGGGCCCGUUGACUGUGUGCAUCUCCUGGAAGCUCUUAGUGCUUUGAUAUUGGGCUCCUAGGACUGCUUAUUGUUUCCGCUCCGCGUGUGCUGGAGCUUGGUGCUGUGGCUGGAAGGUGGGAGCUCCGCCUGCUUUCAGGAUGGCCGGGAAUGGGGGCUCUAAACCUGGGAAGUGGUUGCUGCUGGAGCAGCCAUGAUGCUGCUGGCUGUGUGAGGGGCUGCCCUCGCUGUUGCAAUGAUCUCAACAGAGCAGGGGAGCUUGGAAAACCAUCCUGAUUCCUGCAGUGCUUGGGAGCCGCGAAGCUCUGUGUGCAGCAGUAAACAGGGGAGAAACCGGCCCCCCAUGCUCCUGCCUUUAGAAAAGGGGGAGAGGUGCCUCUGCAGUGAUAGUUCCAGGGUGGUUGUAGGUUGGCUUUGUUUGCUUGCUUGAAAGAGAGCAAAGGAACACCGUGGGGAGCAACCUUGGGCCAGCAGUUUUGAUGAGUAACACGUCCUUAAAGCCUUUACCCCCUUCAAUCAGGCAAACUCCGUGUGGGCCAUAAGUCCCAUCUUACAGCUUUCCAAGGAAGGCUUCUCUGACUGGAAAUGGAAAGCAGUGUCCAAGAAGCAUUCUUGAACUCCCCCAGCUCCUUGGCCAGACAGCUCCGGGUUUGCCGGUGGUGGAUGCUCCGGAAACGGCUCUUGCGAAAGGGGCGAAGUGAAACGUCAGUUCUCGGAGCAGCAAAGUUCACUGGGUGGUGACAGUGGAAAUGUGCUCAGCACCAGCAGGUCCCAGCAGCCCCAGGAGGAGCUGCUCCUCUCGAGCUUCCCUGGUGUUACAGGGCUGAAACAUUGGUGCUGAGCUCUGGAGCCAGGCCGUGGGCUGGGAGCGCUCUUUUGUCCUCUCCGGUUAAGCCAUUGGCUUUCCAGCCUCCCUUUUCAUGGAUCCUGGACCUGGAUUUACUUCUUUUCUCACCAGAAAAGCCCCUUAACCAAAGGCUUGCUGCUUAGAAGUGACCUGUGGACUGCUGGUGUUGGAAUGUAGGCUGCACAUGAAACAACUUGGUAUUUAGGCUCUGAAAAAGCCAGUGUCCUCAGAAUACAGCUUUGGGGUUAAGCCUCGAGAGCUUAGAUAGUGACCUGUGUGGUUCACAGGUCUUCUCCACAGUCAUGGGAUGGGAUGGGAUGGGAUGGGGUAGGAUGGGAUGGGUGGCUUUUAAACUGGUUUCCUAACAAGUUAAAACACAAAAGAGGUGCCAGGACAGGGCCUGGAGAGGGGGUUUGGAGCUGUGUGUCUCCACAAGAGCAGCAGCAGCAGCAAUGUCAAGGCCUUCUUCUCAUUAACCUCUUCAUGAGGAGCCUCCUGUCAAUUCACUUCUUUAAAAGUCACGUAGGAGCUUUUUCCUUUUGUGUUCCUUGCGUAGAUGCAGGGAAAGUUCUUCACUUUCAAGGUGAAAGCACGUUCUUCCUGCCUUGUUUUCCAUUCAGGCUAUGUUUUCUAGUCAGCCAUGGCAGGUUCAGCCUGUGCCAGGGGACUGCAGCCAGCUUGAAGAAGUUGGGACUCUUGUUUCCAACUUGAAAUAUCCCUGCAGCAGGGCAGGAGUUCUCAGAAGCACGAGCAAGGAGCGAAAGAGAUGUUGAGAUCCAAAAGGAGGAGGAGAAGAUGGUUGGGGCAGCAAGAUGUAGGAAAGAUACUUGAGGUGAUGGUGCUGUGACUACAGAAGGGCAAAUCAGUUCUCAGCAGCUCCUUUGUCAGGAAAUAGGGGCACUGUGAGCAUCCAGAGCUGGCCUUGCACUUGAUUUUGGAGCUGGCGAGUGUAGGUGAGCUGGCUCUGGGGCUUGGCGAAGAUGCUGGUGGGCCACAGGAGGGGUCAUAUCCUAGGGAGGGAUGGAGGGAUCCCAACUGCAGAAUUGAGGUGAAUCUAAUGGACAGUAAAUCCGUGGUUUGAAAGGCUUCCUCAGGCUCUUUGAGUGUCUCAUCCCUGCCUUGGAGACUGAAGGUUGUUCUCUUGAAGCCCUGCUCUUGGGGUGGUCCAGUUGAGGAGGAGCACAAAGAGGCUCCUGGAACAGAGCUCUGCUACUUCACCACAAGGGAAUGGAUUCUGUUCCUAACCUGCUCUUGGGCAAACCACUCUGUGAUAAAGGUUAUUCUUCUUUUCUUUCUUCCAGCACAGCAUAUAGCAAAACACUGAAAGGGAUUCCUUUCUUCCAAGCGUGUUUACACACGUCUCUCUUCAUUAGAGCAUCUAAAGAAGCGGCAGAGGUACAAACCCAGUUGUUUUCCAUGUCUCUUGCUGCAGCAUUAAACCAUCACGGCCAGGCUGGGGCUCAUUAAGUUGGGUGCAGCUCCUGGUCCAGAGUCAGGGAAUCAUUGUUCUUCCAGCCUCAAUUCAAACUUGGAAAAGAACAGCAGCUUCCAAGCCUGCAAAACUCUUUAUCUGGUAAAUAUGGGGGUGGUUAUUGGCAGUUUUACCACUGAUCAUCCUCAGGUUAUUUAUCUGAACACAUCUCCAGCAGGUAGCAUUUAGCCCUGAGCAAAUGGCAUCUUGCAGAGCACAGCUUCAGGAGCACUGGAAGAUGGAUUCCAAAAGAUGGUUAACACCAUUCCAUUGCAUUUUGCGGUGGAACUUUCCCCUGCCUGGCUGCAGAGACAUCUUGACACACACAAUCCUGGGCGAGAAGAGAGCUGUGCAAAAUGAGCUCAGAGAGAUGCUGGGGAGAGAAAAGGAAUGUUCUUUGACUGUCAGAGCUUCAUGUUUGAGUCUCCCUGGAGCCCAGAACUCUAAUCCACAGCCCCCACCUGCUUGUUUGGAGGCAUUUUGGGAAUACAGGUUACUUUUAAUGGGGAGAAAAAGGGCUUCACUGCUUUUCUUCUCUGCUGGAGCUAAUGCAAAGGGACAUCAAUCCUCUGUGACAGUCAACUGCACGAGGGAGGCUGGAGCUGGGCUUCAGCUUCUACCCAAGGCUCUGACCGUCUUUGCUGACUCUGAGGAGCAGCCUGGAGGUCACGGCCAGGAACCCAGCCCUGGGUGCCUCAGGGGAGCAGCUCCUGGGCCCAGCACCGAGCCUGGGCUGUCUUGUGGAGGAUCAGGCAGAGCUUUUGUCUUGUGGCAAUGCCAACCAACCAUUCCAGUUGUCAGGAGGAGGGGGGAGGACUAGCCCUGGGCUGGCUCAGUGCUGUGCUUGAUGUCACCUACCUGCUUGCUGUCACCUGCCUGGGAUUGAAUCGCAGCGAGGCUUUGCCUCAAUAUAAACCCCAACCUGAUCCGGCUCCUGAGUGAGAACAAAGCUUUCCUUCUGAGGAGCUGCAGCUUAAUGUUAGGCUUGUUUAAACAGCUUCUUUAAAGGGUUGGGUUUGUCUCUGAGCAGAUAGAGCAGGCUCUGCUGCCAGCUUGUGCAGCACCUUCCCUGCAGACUCAUCCCCGGGCGUUCCGAGAGGGGAGCUCGCUGCCUGAACUGCUCUUUUGUUUCCCUUUGCCCCAUCUAUUUUCUUCAGCCCAGUCAGUUGCUUUUAUUAAGUAGAUUAUAUGUUUUGCUCGACAGGAGCUUUUCUUCCCCAAUAGAAAGAAUGCUGUUGGCAUGAAAACCACUUUGAUUCACUCCCUGUGUCCUUUUGCUUCACCCAGGCUGCUCCCGGCUGCUCUCGGGAGCACCCAAGAGGUGCUUGAUGGGGGGCUCUGUGUAUGUGUCCAUCCUCUGACCCCCAAAUCUCGUGGGAAACAACAGUUGCUUUGUCCUGUUCCUGAUAUAAGAAGAACUUUUCCCUUUUGGUUAAUCAGACUUGAAAUGCUGGAAUCCUCCUCGCUGCUGGGAGCAGGGCCCUUCUCCUGCAGCACUGCAGGCAGUGGUAGGUGAUGCUUAGGGAGGAUAUGGCUGCAGUGAUGGUAGGUGUAGAUCCUGGGCUUUUUCAUCAGACAGAGCUUUUAUUUCUCCCCUUCCCCUGGGGGGUUUGGAGGUGCAACCUAAGGAUUGCUGUUAAUAAAGGCUGUCUCAAAGGGGGACCAUCCCCACGAGGUGAAGCGAGGCCGUAGCCCUCCUUAGCAGGAAACUUCUACUUUCUGCUCAGAUAAGGAUCUUCUCACUGUGUCCCUGUGCAGUGGGGCUCUGGUGUCAUCCCUCGCAGGUAAACUGGUUGCUUUAAGCUAGCAAUGGAACUGAGCAGCUAAAACCAGCUCCUCUGCUUCCCCUCCCAGAGCGAUGCUUCGGUUCAGGCCAGAUCCUUCAAGAAGAACUUUACAAAACCAGUUUUAUUGGUGCCUUGAAGUGUUUUGUUUACUUCUGGGAGGAAAAGUGCCACAGCCUAAAUCUUGGCUUUGAGACCUUAGAAAUGAGUCGAACAGGAACAAAGUGGAAUUUUACUGGCUCCAAAUCAAGUAGAAAAGAGCCGAAAUGGUGAAGUGUGUGUGGUUUAAAUACCUUUAAUUUGUACCUUGAGUUUUUGAGAAAGGAAUAAAGGAGAUGCUUUAAAACACACUUUUAAGUACACUUGAAGGUAGGAAUGUGCCCUGGCUGCUCUUUCCUAUCUCCUGUUUUCAUAUCAUCUCCAUUAUAACCAACCUUUGUUCCCCCAAGUGCGCGGAGGAAUUGUCUUUUCAGUGCUCUGCUGGCCACUGGCAACACUUGGAGCUCUUUGUGAGGCCAACAUGAGUGGGCUGCUUUUUCCUUGCAUUGUAAAGAUUCCCCUUAAAAGCUGCAGAAUGCAUGGGCACAGUGCUCUCAGCCCUUCUCCAUACAGUUCAGCCUCAGGGUCUUUCCUGUUCCAUGUCCCUUUUCCUUGGCCUGUGCUAAGCACAUAAUAAGCAGCUACAUUUGCUCAUGUUGCUUUUUCAAGCAGCUCUUCUGGAUCUUACUGGCUCUUUCCUGCCCUUUUCAAUGUGGUGGUUCCAAACUUGCCAACAUCUGCAUUUAGCCUGUGGGAAAUGCUGCAGAGCCCACCUUGGGGCUGUUCAGCAGCUCCCAACACCACCUAGGAAAUGAAGAGCACAGUGGCCUUAAGUGAGGAGUAAUGCCAUUAGCCUGCCUGAUGUCCCUGGGACACUGGUGAUAAGGGCUAAUGGGCGUCUUCCUCUUAACCCAGCCCUGCACUUGCUCAGGACCUGCUUGUUUCUCCUCAAGCUCAAGGUGCCCCCAGCACCAAGAGGGUCCCCACAGACAUAGAGGAUGUAGCUGUUGGACAGGGCAGAGCUCACUGUGGGGCUUGGGAUCUUCUUAAACCACUUCUUCAAGCUCUGUGUACCUGAAAGGCCGUUUCUGCAGUGGGCGAGUGAUGUUCCUGAAUCCCUGCGGGAAGGCUGAGAGCUCUGAUGAAAGCAGGAGAAAACCCUGCAAGCAAGCCCCACCCUGCUCCUUGACACUGCCGUGUUCCCUCUUUGUUCCCAAGGCUUGGGAUUUGCUUACAGUGUUCCAGCUUGGGAAUAGCAGAGUGACAGCUGGGAGGUGGCAAAAUGUGGGAAUCUGCCUCGGAGUUUCUCUUUACCCAAAGAAUCUUCCUGGAGAGCAGGCAAAAAGCCAGGAAUUCAUUUGACCCAAGGUAGUGUCUGGGAUCAGGAAAGCAGUUACUAAAUAAGUGACUGAGCUGGCUGGGUGCAGCAUGCUUGGCUUGUGGAGUUGGUUUGAAUUGGGGUUGGUUUGCAUCUGCCAAAUGCUUGUUGUCUCCUAUGAGCUGGGGUGGUCGUUGCUCAGGAAGCCCUCAUGGGCAGCUCCUCUCUGGUGGAGCUGAGUUGGGUGAAAUCAAGUCUGUCAGGUUGAGUAAUGGUUGUUUUGAGUGUGAGUUCGGAGCCUGGGUUGGGUUGGGAGUGGAGCUCUCAAAUCUAGCCUAGAUUGCAGGGGUGACUUGGGGCAUCGCUGCUUGUGGUUGCAACAGGGUCAGGCAGAAGGGCUGUCUGGACAGUCAGCUGCUUCCACGUGUGCUGGCCUUCACUUGGGUUCUUGCAGGGCUGAAACACUGAGUCUGGCUCGUUCUGUUCCAGUUCUCCCUGAGCCUAAAACAGGCCAAUUCCAUCUGAAAUGGGAAAGAGAAAGAAGAAAGUUUUCUCUCGGAGCGUUUUCUCUCCAGUGGGUUUUAAGCUGUUGCUUUUCCUUUGGGUGCUGCAGCUCUGACAUGUCUCUGCUCCGACUGCAAGCAAGCAAACUCCACGUGUGAAACGGAUGGUGCCUGCAUGGUUUCAGUCUUCAACCUAGAUGGUGUCAAACACCACGUCCGGACCUGCAUUCCCGAGGCAAAACUGAUUCCUGCCGGGAAGCCCUUCUAUUGUCUGAGCUCGGAAGAUCUGCGUAACACUCACUGCUGCUACUCGGAUUUCUGCAACAAAAUUGAUCUGAUGGUUCCCAGUGGACACCUGAAAGACAAUGAACCUCCAUCAAGCUGGGGUCCUGUGGAGCUGGUGGCAGUGAUUGCUGGACCUGUCUUCCUGGUGUUUGUUGUCAUGAUCAUCGUGGUCUUUGUUUUUCACCACCACCAACGAGUCUAUCACAAUCGGCAGCGGCUGGACAUGGAAGACCCCUCUUGUGAAAUGUGCCUUUCGAAGGACAAGACCUUGCAAGAUCUAGUCUACGAUCUCUCCACCUCUGGCUCUGGCUCAGGUUUGCCCCUGUUUGUCCAACGCACCGUGGCCCGGACCAUAGUCCUGCAGGAGAUCAUUGGCAAAGGCCGCUUCGGGGAGGUGUGGAGAGGCCGGUGGCGUGGAGGGGAUGUGGCUGUGAAGAUCUUCUCCUCUCGGGAGGAGCGUUCCUGGUUUCGGGAAGCAGAAAUAUAUCAAACUGUGAUGCUGCGUCAUGAGAACAUCCUGGGAUUCAUUGCUGCGGAUAACAAAGAUAAUGGAACAUGGACUCAACUGUGGCUCGUCUCCGACUACCACGAGCACGGAUCCCUCUUUGACUACCUGAACCGCUACACAGUGACCAUCGAGGGCAUGAUCAAGCUCGCCCUGUCUGCUGCUAGUGGGCUGGCCCAUCUGCACAUGGAGAUUGUGGGCACGCAGGGAAAGCCUGGGAUUGCUCACAGAGACCUGAAAUCGAAGAACAUCUUGGUGAAGAAGAAUGGCACGUGUGCCAUCGCUGACCUCGGCCUGGCUGUCCGGCACGAUUCCGUUACGGAUACCAUUGAUAUUGCACCAAACCAAAGGGUUGGAACCAAACGGUACAUGGCACCCGAAGUCUUGGAUGAAACCAUUAACAUGAAGCAUUUCGACUCAUUUAAAUGUGCCGAUAUCUACGCCUUGGGCUUGGUCUACUGGGAGAUUGCUCGAAGGUGCAACGCAGGAGGUAUCCACGAAGAGUAUCAGCUUCCCUACUACGACCUUGUGCCCUCUGAUCCGUCUAUUGAGGAGAUGCGGAAGGUCGUCUGUGAUCAGAAGUUACGGCCCAAUAUCCCAAACUGGUGGCAAAGCUACGAGGCACUACGGGUGAUGGGCAAGAUGAUGCGAGAGUGCUGGUACGCCAACGGAGCGGCGCGACUCACCGCCCUCCGCAUCAAGAAGACCCUCUCCCAGCUCAGUGUGCAGGAAGAUGUGAAGAUCUAGGCUCUGAGCCCCAGCAGGAGGAAACUGCACAAAGCUGCCAUGCUAGAGUAGACGUGCGAUGGAGGCCUACCUCGUGUUUCUGCCCAAUCUACUGCUACCAACCAGACAGCAUGACUCCAGGCUGCUAGGUGGGGUGACGGAGCCUAUGGCAUUGCUCUUUUCCCUGCUUGGGUAUGAAACAAUCUGAAACCUUUUAUGAUCACCUCCUGACAGCGUGAAGACUUCUUGGAGAGGGAUUUAGCCUGAGGGAUCUCAGCUGUGAUCAGAACUCUUGUUUCUUUAAUGGAAAUCCCUGUAAAGUUCACCCAUGGGCCAGGAUUGAGGCCGGGUGCUGGGAGUGGGAAGGGAAAGGGAAGGUUUCCUUGGUCGUGCUCGGAGGACGUUUUCCAGGGACUGGCACGUUUAAUGCAGCAAAAGCAAAACUAAUGGUGCUCCCUUCUGAGAGGCUGAGCCUGAACAGUUGAUCAGCUUCAUGAAACUCCUUUCCCUCCUUUGUCUUCAGCUUGACAAACUCCAAGGCAAGAAGAGCGACGUGUCUGCAUGCACAGCGCGUCCCCUCUGCUGCUCAGCUCCUCCUGUAGACGUGCAGUGUCUGCCCGUAGGGUGGCUCAUCUCUGUCCGUGCUUCCUGUGCAUGUGCAACUCUCUCUUGAGUGUCCUUUCCUUGAGCUGUGCGCUGGUGCUCUCCUUGUUGAGUCGUGAGCAUUGUCUGGCUUGGACAGGCUGCUUAGAACCAGCCCCGCUGGGUGCUGGGGCCCUGCUGCCCGGGCUGCAGGUUGUCUCACUGCCACCCCCUCCCUUUUUUAAGACAAAACACAUGAGGAACAGACUUUGCUCCUGGAAUCCAGGGGGGUUUUUUGUCUUGAGCCCCUGGGGUUUGUAAUUCAGGGUGGAAAGAGAGACCUGGGGAAGGGAAAGAGGUGCCACGGAGCCGCGCUGCGUGCUGGGGAUGGAGAAGGGGCGACACAGGAGACUGAGUGCCCCAUCCAGACGCGGGGGCCAGGAGUGCUCUGCUCCUCCUGUGGCACACUCAGGAGCUGACACUGGGCUGUGGGGCUGGAAACCAAUGUCCAUCUUUUUACUAUCCACAUAUAAAUAGCUCAUAACCUGGAAGUGGCUGUGUAUAACAUGGGGGGGGGAUCUGCAUGACUUUUCCUUUGACGAAAUGCUGAAUCAGGGUCAGUUUAGGGAUGGGUGACUGUUGGCUGCAGCAGGACCUGGCAGGAAGGGGAGGUUGGUGUGCUGAGGGCUGGUUAAAGGUAGCCUGGGCAGUGCUGGCGUGUUGGUGUUAGGUCAGUCUCUGCAGUGUCUAUCUCUGAAGCCAUAACUUUUAACUGGAGUGGGUUUGAUUCUUAUUUUUUAUUAUUAUGAUGAUUAUGAUGAUGAUUAUUUUCUGGGAGGGUCUGGAUUUUAACUUUUUUGACUAUUGCUAAUUCUUUCUAAGAGAAGAAACCCCCAAAUCUCUCCUUGUUACCUCUUGUUUGUAAAGAAAUCACUGCAAAAACCCAGAAAAAAAGAGAAGAAACCAAAUGCACACAGCUCGAUUUACACUGGAACUGCUUCUACUCAGCCCUUGCUCCUGCUCUGUGCUGAGGCUUCAUCUCUGCUCCACCCACCCCGGUUCACUCUCUUUGGUUUACUCUCUUCUUGCUGUCUGUGUGUCUGUCUGUGUGUCCAUCCUCCCCCAGGCUCCCUGUCUUGUCUGUGACUUGGUGUGAAGUGAGGAGUUUGGGGGUUUUACAUCGUGUUUGGAGCCGUUGUGCAUCCUCCCGGGGCGGGGUUGCUGCUCAGGAGGCCUUGGAACAGUGUGGAAGGGCUGUGCUGAGGUUUGGAGCAGUUGGAGGCUCCGUGUUGAGGUUUGGAGCAGUUGGAGGGUCCGUGUUGAGGUUUAGAGCAGUUGGAGGGUCCCUGUUGUGAACAUGCAGCUCCCUCCCCUGUGACUGUCUCAGUCAGAGCUGAACGUGUGUCUCCCUUAACCAACCCCAUCUGCAUGUAGAAACCGAGGUGGUGGCACUUUACAGAGCCCCUAAAGACUCUCCAGCUGCUGCACCAGGGCCCUGGGGAGGAAGAGGAGGAGGAGGAGGUCGUAGUGACUGUGAACUGCCAUAGGAAAGCCCAUGGUGCCGGUAGGUCCAUCAGCCACGUGCUGCCCUGUGGGCUCUGUGCCCGAGUGUCCCGUCCCUGCUCCGUGUGCUUCCCAAGGACCAGCUCAGCUCCGUGACUGGCACUGACUCACUCACCCCCAUCCAACUGUAGCCACACAUGCAUCUGCCUCAGCGCUAAACCAAACAGCAGCCGGAGGAGCCCCAAGGGGUCCCCCUGUGAGCAGGAUGGCAGGAGGAGCUUUGUGUGUGGAGAGAUGCCAUCGGGAGAGGCUCCCUGAGGAGCACCCGAGGUGGGAACGCUGAUUAUGUAGCAUUUAAACAGCACUUUCCAUGCAAACACGUGCCGGGGAGGUGCAGUGCUGACGGAGCUGACUGGGACCAAGCAUAGGAAUCACUGCCCGGCUCUGGGAUGCGCCAGCUCCAGGCAGUUUAGGACACGGGAUGAGGAGGGGAGAUGUCGGGUACCACAGGGCAGAGGGCGGCGGGGGGAGGCAGAGGUACGGGUGAACAGGGAUACGCUGGCUUCAGAACCCAUCUCUUGGUACUUCCCUGCCCCUUUUUGGUUUGGGUUUUGUAUAUUUUAUUAGAAAUGGACUGUAAAAUAGCCACUUAGACACUUUACCUCUUCAGUAUGCAAGUGUAAAUACGGUGUAAGAUAGGAAAUCUUUUGUUUAAUAUAAACCGAGGCUGUUGAUUUCUGCUGUACAUGAUUAAAAGGUUGUUUUAUUCACGUGA